AAACAGAAACCCAUUUUCAGCUCCCAGGCCCUGUGAGGUCUAAUGAGAAGUGUGAUAAACAGCUGGCCUUAAGAGGUUAAGAGCAAAGAAGUUUAAACCACUUAUAUUUCUCCAACUGUAAAACCAAAAUAUUGCUGGAGUCUUCCUGCAGCAAGGAUAUUGGAUAAUUUAGUCUAAAAUAGAUGUUUAUUAAAAAAGGGCGUUGAUUUGUUGGAAGCAGUGAAAAGCAGCAGACACCCCUAGUGUCGACGUAAAAUACUACAGGACUCCAUACUGUAUCUCUGUUAAUUUUACGGCAAUAAAAGGGAAAUUUAAAUCAUCACGAUUUAAACAGAACAACUCAAAUACACACACCUGGACAUACCACAUACCUUUCUCCUGCUGCCUCAAAACCCACAUGCCUGUCAUAUUUGAAGUGUCAGCUUUCUAAACCCGCAACAAUUGAAGCAUACAUUAUCUAGCCUGUCUCCCUGACAUGGGCUACGUGCAUUACAGCUUUCCGGUCGGCACAUGAACAGAAAAACGCUGCUGCAACAAGGGAGGGGGAACCCUAGGGAGAUUGCAAAACAACCCCCACAAGACAUCCCUACCAAAAUGCCAGGCUUGCCUAAGGCGCUGCUGAUACAUCUGGAAAGCAGAUGAAGCACAGACCGGCGAACGCGAACCCCUCGGACUGAGGGGAAAGGGGGGGGGAGGGGGACGGGGAACGACGUUUGGGGGUGGGGGGAGAGGUGAGGGGGUGCUAGAGAGAGAUUAGGGCCGCGAGAUGGUAGAGAAAGGGAAGGGCCGAACCCAAUGAGCGCUGCCAGGGUUCAGGGAGGAGGCGGCGGAGGGAGUAGGCGGGGAGGCAGCGGGGCGCACGGCGGCGAGGCGGCGGCCAUGGGCGGCGGAGGGGAAGCGGGGGGACGUGCCUGCCCCGGGGGGAGAGGCGCGAGGCGGCCACAACGGCGGCCCAGAGGGAGGGGGAGAGCCCAGCGAGGCAUUCGCCUGUAGGAAGACGUGGACGGCUCGGGGGCGGGAGGCGAAAGAGACGGGUCAGAGGCAGGGCAAUAGCAGCGAGGCGGAGCGGCGGUCGGGCCGGGCCGGGACGCGGGGACACAGCCUCGCCCCCCACCAACCCCUCGCGGCCAGGUCCGGUCUGGAAUAUUCCAGCAGGCUCCUUCUGGAAGAGGAACUGCCUCAUCACUGCUGCUCUGUUUGUGGGAGUCUGUGUUGGCCUAAGAACUAAGAAAGUCUUGUCACACUGCAGCUUCAUCCUUCAAGACCUCUCUCUUGUGACUAGGCCUUCCCUGCUGCAGCUACCUCACCUGCAUGUGUCACUGAUGGGGAACGACUGCAGGGCAGAGGAUUGCACCCUGAAGUAGCAGAAAAAAACCCAGAAUUUUCUGAGGAAAUACAGGAGCAAGAUCUUCUGUGCAAGAACAGAUCACCCACCAGCAAACUGAGCUAAGAUACAGAGCUCUGAUACUGAUUGUGCUAUUGUGACAUGUUACUAAUCCAGCCUCACACUCCUUUACCUACUAAGGACAGAAAUGAGGAGAACAGGAGGGCGCAUCAUCAUUAACUAAGUGAGGGCCCUCCAGCUCGCUGCCAGAACCCAUGUGCUCACCCACUGGGAGCCAGUCUUCAAAGACUGGAUGAAGUGACAGAACUGGAUUCUGUCAUCAAGGCUGGCCGUAUUUGAUACAGUUGAGUGUUUUGCAAGCUGUUGUGUUCUGUCAGAGGCAAACUAUAAAUACACACAUGCUUCUGCGUUUCCCUAUCUCACUCUGUAAGAGGAAAUGGGCUUGUUUUCAUGUGAUUAGCAGGCAGAGGAACUUGUGAAAGUGACACAGCUGUACUGUGAAAAACGCCAGCCCACUGGCUUUUCUACCAGAGGAACUUAACUGCCAGCACUGAGAGACCAGAGAGCAGGAUUGCCUGAGAAAUGGAGCGAGAACCAAUGCGCAUAAGGGAGGGCUACUUGGUUAAGAAGGGCAGCAUGUUUAAUACCUGGAAGCCGAUGUGGGUUGUGCUUUUAGAAGAUGGAAUUGAAUUCUACAAGCGGAAGGCUGACAACAGCCCCAAAGGGAUGGUCCCACUAAAAGGAAGCUCUAUUCACAGCCCAUGCCAAGAUUUUGGCAAAAGAAUGUUUGUUUUCAAGCUCACUGCAUCCAAGCAGCAGGACCACUUUUUUCAAGCUGCCUACCUGGAGGAGAGAGAUGCCUGGGUACGGGAUAUCAAGAAAGCAAUUCAUUGCAUAGAGGGAGGCCAAAGGUUUGCCAGAAAAUCCACAAGAAAGUCUAUCAGACUACCUGAAACAAUCAACCUGAGUGCUUUGUACCUCUCAAUGAAAGAUCCUGAAAAGGGAAUAAAGGAGUUGAAGCUGGAAAAAGAUAAAAAAGUGUUCAAUCACUGCUUUACAGGCACUUCUGUGAUUGACUGGCUGGUGUCUAGCAAAUCCAUCCGAAAUCGCAAAGAAGGUGUCAUGCUUGCCUCUUCCCUCUUGAGUGAAGGCUACCUACACCCUGCAGGGGAUACAUCCAAGGCUGCUGCUGAGGGACUGUCAGACACCCCCUUCUUAGAUCUCAGCGAUGCCUACUAUUACUUUCCAGACAGUGGGUUUUUCUGCGAGGGAAAUUCUAGUGAUGAUGAUGUGGUCCUGAAAGAAGAAUUCAGAGGCAUAGUAGUCAAACAAGGAUGUUUGCUGAAACAGGGACAUCGGAGGAAGAACUGGAAAGUGAGAAAGUUUGUUUUAAGAGAGGACCCUGCAUAUCUUCACUACUAUGAUCCUGCUGGAGGAGAAGAACCACUAGGAGCAAUUCACUUGAGAGGCUGCGUGGUGACAGCAGUGGAAGAUAUGCCAGACUCCAAGAAGUAUGAUGUUGACAACAUCCUCUUUGAAAUCAUCACAGCAAAUGAAAUCCACUAUUACUUGCAAGCAGCCUCAUCCACAGAGCGUACAGAGUGGAUCAGAGCAAUCCAGGCAGUUGCUAGGACUGGAAAAUGAAGAUGAUCUGCCAGUGAGAAGAUAGACAACUAAAAUUUGUUACUCAAAACAAACCAGGAAUUUUAGCAUUUCACUGAGAGAAAACAAUAUCACCCAGAAAGGUGUCCUAAGGCUUGUUGGGUAGGGAUGAGGGUGGGCAAUAAGUUUCAAUUCUACAGUGGGAACUAACAAACUAACAUAUUUUCCACUUGUGUUACGGUAGUAUUUUACUAAAUACUAUACUAAAUUAUAGCAUAGAACGUACCAUAUUACUGCGUGUCUCUUAGAGUAAUCAGUCUACCUUGGGAAGGUUGUACCUUAUACCUUUCCCUUCUGCCACAGCUGAUAAUGAGAAUUCACCAUUAACAGAGGACAGAGUCAUGUCACUGACUAUAAGUGAGGAACUGAACUAGUCACCUACCAUUCAGCCUGUGUUGUGGUUCACUAUCUUCAGGUAUUUCAAAGUCUUCCCAAGACAAACUUUACACUUUCAUCUUUACCAGCCAGUGAUCUUUCUACUGCCUUGUUCACCUUUGCAAGUAAUGCCAUGGAUUUAAGGAAAGAAAUCAACUCACUUGGAAACCUAAUCCACUCCUUUAUAAUCCUCCAGUGUUAAGGAAGGGAAGAAUGCAGACAACUAUAGAAACAUCAUGUGGAGAGCAAGUACAACUCAAUGAGAGAGGUAUGAGCUUCCAUGCAGGAAGUCUCUUCCCACAACAUUUGAAACUUGAAGCAUUCUCAGUUCAACUUCUUUAUCACCUAAUUUUGACCUUUGCUAAAUUUCUCCACAAGAAUCUGCUCUAGGACCACUGUUCCCCUUCACUUAGGUCUUCAAAGCAGUUGCUAGGGUGUCAUGUACUGCUGUAUUUGACUUGUAUUUGAAUUCAGAAUCUUGCAGGAGAAGAAAAAGGAUUCAUGGGUUGGUUACUUGAACUACUGAUUGAAAUUAUUUUCUUUAAGUUUUCCUUUUUUUUUUUUAACCUCCAGCAACAUGCUCAGUACUUAGUUCUGUGCCUUAGUAAUAUAAGAGAAACUUUAUGCUUGCUGUAAUUGAAAUAAGCAUUAUUAUUUGACAGGGUCAGUGUACCUGAUCAAUCCUUAUAUUUUUGUCUGACUGUAUGUAUCAAACUUCUAAGUCCUAAACAUGAAGCAGGAGUUGAAAGUUAAUGUCAGAUUCUGUGUGUAGACUGUUCCUGUUGAAGACUGAUGUUUCUGACUGUAAAUAAACUUAAGAACUUUAAAAAUUCUGUUCACAGAUCUAAUAAGGUGCCUCAUCCUUAAAAAUUCUUAUUCAGAUCUCUUCAGUCUAAAAAUAAACCUGGAGUUAAAGCUUC